AUGCGCCUCACAUACUCUUGUUCCUUUGUGUGGCUUCGGCUCUCAGACGGUUUGGCUUCGCAGGGCGUCACGUACGAUGCCAAGGGUUACCUAGAUUCGCGUAACGGCCACCAUGGCCUGUUCCACCUGCGCGACUUCAUCGCCCAGGUAGCCAAAACAUCGCACGACGAACUCACCCGCUCCCACUGCGGGGUGCUCAUGGACGUAAUUGAAGACCAUCUCGCUCCAGCACUCGACGCAGCCGAGACCUACGACUCGAGCCAGACAAUCACCGCUCGCCACUUGUGGAUCCUCUUCCCCGUUGGAAGCAUCUUCGCCACGCGCAUCGAUGGGAGAUUACACGCCUUCCGUGUAGAGAAAUGUCAGUACGAUGGCAUCAACAACGGUAGCCCCGACUCUCAUGGGGACCUCUUCGUGACGUGUCAUGACAUUGUAUUUGACGGCUCCGUUUAUGGGAGAAGAGAGCGUGAACUGCACUUUCCUACGUUCAAGGGGAGUGUACAUGUGUCGAAUCUUGAUGGGUAUCCAUUUAUUGACCUAGAUCUGAACCCGGGUCUGGAGGAAUCUUUAUAUAUUCGCGGCCUUCGGCUACUGGAUUUUCAAGCGCCCCAAUACAUGUCCGGACCGGUUGACAGCAUACGACCCUCAGCGCCCAUAAAAAACAAUGAAGACGAAGGCGAUGACCACCCGACCAAGGUACACAAAUGGUACUUCAUUGAAGAUCUCAAACCCGUGAGGGUGGAGGCAAGCGUCCUAGACAAAGUAAUCUACGACGAGAAGAAGAAGAGGAUCGUGCGGGCCUUAACGGAAAACUACCUCGACUCCAAUGUUGAGAAAUUCGAUUUAAUUCUGGGAAAAGAGGCCAACGCUUUCGUUACAGACCGAGCAAAGCUGGACAUGGAUUCACUUGCUGCGUCCUCCGCCCUCAUCCGGCAUAUCGAAUACUUCAAAGGCAUUGUUUUCCUAACGACAAACAUCACCGAUUCCAUCGAUCCGGCCAUCAGGUCGCGCGCCCAGAUCCAUCUUGAGUUCCCCGACCUAACGGCGGAUAUGCGCGCCAAGGUAUGGGAGAACUUCAUGGAGCGGCUACCUGAGGGCUUCCCUCGUCUCGGCCCAGCCGACGUGGCCCAGCUAGCGCAAUGGAAUAUAAAUGGACGGGAGAUCAAAAACGUGAUGAACAUGGCAGUGUCGUGGUGCCACAAGUCUGAAAUUCCGUUCACUUUGGAUAGUAUAGAGGACUUGUUGUCUGCCGUGAACCCACGCGCGAGGAAAAUGGACGAGAAGAGUGGGCAGAAAGCUGGUGGUGGGAAAGGGUUCACAAACGGUGGUUUGGGCAACUUACUUGAUCUCUGA